CACGAUCCCACGACAUCCCGCUCGGAUUGUUCCAUUUGCACGCGUCGUUCCCCGGAUCAAAGAGCCAGCGCGCGAUCCUCUGCUAUCGUUGUCUUACAACUUCUGCCUUCGUCAACCACACCCUCCUGGGAACAGCGCUUUCGACGACAGAGGAGAUGGCCAUGAGGAAGAAGAGCUCGACGCCGAUGCUGGUAGGACGAUGCCUCGCCCUGUCUACGCUGGCCGCGGUUGGGACGAGCGCCCAGAACCUCCCCGUGCCUCCCCUCCCCUACUCGUACGGGUCCUUGGUGCCCUUCAUCAGCGAACACGCGUUGAGGGUCCACCACCUUGGACACCACGCCGCCUACACCUCGCAGCUGAACGCCGUGCUGGAGAGAAUGCGUUGGGAUCCGGAGCUGAAGCAUCUGGCCAAGAUGGGAGUAGACGAGCUGUUGCACAACCUGGAGAGCGUGCCGGAGGACUAUCGGGCGGCUGCUCGUCGGGCGGGGGGAGGCUUCGUGAACCACGACUUGUUCUGGAACGUGCUGUCGCCUUGGGGGGGACACCCUCCAGGGCAAGAGUCUGAUACUAUCCAGGAACGGCACCUGGCGGAGGCCAUCGACCGUUCGUUCGGAUCCUUCGCGGAGAUGCAGUACGCCUUUUCCAAUGCGGCGUCCGCCUUCUCCGGCUCGGGGUGGGUGUUUCUGUACUUCAAUCACGAGGAAAAGACCCUAGACGUGGUUGUCCUAGAGUACGAGGACACGCCGGCCAUGAACCCGAACACAACCCCCAUCCUGCUCCUGGACCUGUGGGAGCACGCCUACUAUCUGGAUUACGAAAACCGCAAGGACGUGUACAUCACCAACUUUUGGGCGUCGGUGGACUGGCCGAGAGUGGCGACCCGCUACGCGGAGGCCUCUGGCGAAGUGGUCCCGGAGGCUCUGCCCUCCCCUGAGAGGCGGGAGAAGGGAGCGGUUGGACUGACGCCGGCGUUGCAGGACGCGGACAAGGCGUUGUUGGCGGAGGACUGAGUAGAGAGACAGCGGGGUGCAGAGACGGNGGGGGGGGGGGGGGGGGGGGGGGGGGGGGGGGGGGGGGGGGGGGGGGGGAUACAGAGGAAAGCCCGGCUGACCUAGAACAUGUGAAGCCAUGCCUAAUACGAGCGUGUUCCCCAAGACACGAAAUUUUUCGUUCCUUGAGGUCAUGGCAACAGCGGGUCUGGCGCCGAUGACAGCAAUGUGGAAUAGGAGCACAGGGGGCGUGUUUGGGCAGGUUACUGGACAAUGGGCGACUUAUGGGUGCCAGAGGGGGAGGGGGAGUGAGGGCGGGUUUGUUUUUGAUGCUCUUGUUGCCGCUUAGAUAGUGCGGAAGAGGCUUUGCGCCCCUGAUGCCGUUGUGCUUGUGCAGGCAACAAGUUGUUGUCGUGUCAUACAACGCCCAUUCGAUUGUGUUGCAGGUGCGCGGCAAAGUGGGGAAUGUAAAAUAUAAUAUGUUCUUUGAACCUGGAGAGAGAAGGGAGAGAGAGAGAAGAGAUGUUCACCAUCGCGUUUGCGCCUCUCCAGCAACCGCAGCGCACAAAUAGUCUAGAUUGGGUUAAGCUCCCUAGUUGGUGUGUUCGGACAUCGGAUACAACAGCGAGCCGAUUUUGCCCCAAUGCUGGAACGGGCGAGGCAAAUGCAGCUGUAGUCAAGUGUUUUGUUCUACGAAGCACGUCGCAUCAGAAAAACAGACCC